AACCGCCGCCGCCGCCGCCGCUGCUGCUGCUGCUGAGAAAACCUACAGCACCCAAACGCACCGCGCCGGGCGGGUUUGGUUUUAUCCUCCAGGUGUGUGAAGGAGGAACAACCGCGAAACGCAGGGAGGGAGGGGAAGGAGAAAAUCCAGCAACGUCGAUGAUUUGAUCCGCAGUUUAUCUCGGACAUAUCGCGGAGGAGUCUGCCGCUGCACACGGUGUUUCGGUCGGUCCACCUUAACGGGGGAAAAAAAAAGGAUAAGAAACCACCGGAGAUAUCUGCGGAGACGGACAGCUCUGUUUGGGGUAUAUUCUCGUUUUUCCGCCUACGGACGGGAGCAAUCUUUCCCCCGGAGCUUUGGUGUUUACGCGGCCGCUGCAGAGAGCGAGGCGAGCGGGGAGGAAGACGCGGUGUAGCCGGGGGAGGAGCGGCCGCACGGAGCAGGUUUCUCGGGGAAUCUUUUUAUUUCUUUCUUUUAAAAAGGGGUUAAAAAUUUAAAUAUCACGGUGCGGUGAUAUUAUCCGGAGGACUCUACAGCACACCUUUACCGACACCUCCGUCUACACAGAUGGGUUAAAAACACCCCGGUGCUGUUGUUCCGGAGAGCAGCCCCGCGCGCACACCUGCUCCCCUCCAGACCCGCGGGGGCUGGAUGAUGUAGCCCCCCCCCGCCUCUGCAUCACCAGCACUAUCCUCUAAGUCUCCACCUCCAGUGGUGGAAUGUAAUCAAGUACAUUUAGUCGAGUACUGCACUCAAGGAGACAAAUUUAAGCAGUGUCUCUCCAGCCGCCCAGCGUCCCAACAUGCCGGCGGGGAUGAAACCGCUGGAGAAGUUCCUGAAGAAGCAGACCACGGCGCUGACCCGGGCCGGGGGGUUUGUCGGCGGGGUGGCGGACAAGGCCAGCGGGGGGACGGGGGCGUCCCGCCGGAGGGCCAGUCUGUCCCGGGUCGUUCCUUUCUUCAGGGAGACGUCACCGGAGAGCGGCCAGGCCCGGGAGGUGUUCAGCCCCGACAGUGAGGACCCCCCCUCCUGGCCCUCAGCCACAGGGCCUGGUGUCGUCCCGGCGCCCGGCAGCGCUAACGGCUCCGGAGACGUCCGCAGCCCGUCUCUGUCCAGCGACGAGCAGAGCUCCGAGGCCAGUCUGAUCACGGAGAGCGGCAGCGGGGGCGGGGGCGGGACGCCCCUUCCUCCCGACACACCGGACAACCUGACCCUCGCUCUGCUGGACAGCGCGGCGGGAAAACGCUCUGGGGUCUGCACAGAAACCCUGCUGGAUGACUUCAUGUUGACCCACCCCAUCUUCCUGGCGGCCGACAGGUUCCAGCAGGUCCUGCUGCAGCAAUUCAGCCUGCAGACGGAGGGGAAGGAGGGAGGGAGGGGGGGGAGGGAGGCGGAGAGAAGAGACGGGGACGGAGGAGAGAGCGAGGGAGUGAUGGACGCCGCCGAAAGGAAGCAGGCGGUGCUGAGCGUCGCCUUUCGAUAUCUGGACACCUACAGAGAGCUGCUGCAGGAGGAGGGGGAGCGCAGCAACAGCUUCCCAAAGGAGCUGUACCUGUGUGCAGUGCAGGAGUUGAGUCGGUAUCCUGAGCUGGUGGAGGACGUCCUCAAACUGCAGAGAUGGACCGAGAUCUUACACUGCCCCUCUGACGAGGAGAAGGAAAGCAGGAAGAAGCAGGUCCGUCCUCUGUUCAGACACUUCAGACGCAUCGACGCCUGUCUGCAGCCCAGAGAGGCCUUCAGAGGCUCCGACGAGAUUUUCUGCAGGGUCUACACCCCGGAUCACUCGUACGUCACCAUCAGGAGCCGCCUGUCCUGCCGCGUCGGAGAGAUUCUGGCUCUGGUCCGAGAGAAGCUCCAGUACAGCGAGGACCAACCGGUUCUGCCUGGCAACCUCAUCCUGGUGGCCGUCACGUCCGCCGGAGAGAAGGCGGUGUUUCGCCCCAGCGACGAGGCCGUGUUCACCACGCUGGGAGUCAACACUCACCUGUUCACCUGCGAGCCCUCUGAGCUCGACUCACUGCUUCCUCUCCCCGAGGAGAUCCACUGGACGCCGGGCGACAGCAAACUGCACGACAUGUCGGCCGAGGAGGUAGCCAAUCAGCUGGUGGCGUUUGACUGGGAGCUCUUCAGCUGCGUGCACGAGGUGGAGUUUGUGUGUUAUGUGUUUCACGGCGAGCAGUCCCGCUGGCGCCCCCUGAACCUGGAGCUGGUACUGCAGCGCUGCAGUGAGGUGCAGCACUGGGUCGCCACGGAGAUCCUGCAGUGUCAGUCGCUGCCCAAGAGGGUCCAACUGCUGCGCAAGUUCAUCAAGAUCGCAGCACUCUGUAAGCAGCAGCAGGACCUGCUGUCGUUCCUCGCUGUGGUUCUGGGUUUAGACAACCCGGCUGUCAGCCGACUACGACUCACCUGGGAGGGUCUCCCGGGGAAGUUCAGGAAGCAGUUUCAGCAGUUUGAGAGCGUCGCGGACCCGUCCAGGAACCACAAGUCCUACAGAGACCUGAUCACCAGCCUGAGACCUCCGCUGAUCCCCUUCACACCUCUGCUGCUCAAAGACUUGACGUUUCUCCACGAGAGCUGCAAGACGUUUCACGGAGAACUGGUCAACUUUGAGAAGAUGCAUAAAGUGGCGGAGAUGGUCCGGAUCAUCAGGCGGUACCGAAGCAGCCAGCUGGCCAUGGAUACGGAGACGUCCCCGUCCCACCUGCAGACGAAGGCGUACGUCCGGCAGCUGCAGGUGAUCGACAACCAGAACCUGCUGUUCGACAUGUCCUGCAAACUGGAGCCCAAAGACACAUAGAGGGACGCACGGGACGGGAUGGGGGGAGACACAAAGAGGGACGUACGGGACGGGACUGGGCGAGACGAAAAGACAAGAGACGGACGGGAGGGGGCGAGAGAGAGACAAAAAGAAACAAUAAAGCAAAGGUGCAAACGGACGGAGGCAGGUUCAGGGAGAAGGAGACGGAAAUAUCUUCAUCUUCAAGAAACUAAGACGUUUUUUGAUCAGCGGAGAGAUGGAACUUCUUCUCUUUCUUCAUCCACCACUCGAGUUUUCAUUUCCUUCUCCACUUCCUCUUCCUUUUCCUCCCUCUCUUCCUUCCUCUCCGUCAGCCGGUCCGAACGCCGCCCAGAAACACGCGGCGAGAGUUCAUCAAAACUGGACCGGGACCUAAAAAGUUAGUUUCAGUUUGUUUUCAGUUUGCGACUAGGGUCCACUAUGGAACCGGUUCCUACGCAACCGGUAAGAAUCGGACCGGAUU